AUGACCGCCUCGCUCAAAAAGGAUACCGGCGAUGACAACGUUUCGACUUUCGCCGGGGACCACGUCCCUACCACUGUGCUACAAACUCGUCGCGGCUUGACCCCACGUCACGUUCAGCUGAUGACCAUCGCCGGUGGCAUCGGCGUCGGCCUCUUCGUCGGCGUCGGUGGAGUUCUAUCCAAGGCUGGCCCGCUCCCACUGCUCAUAGGUUAUCUGAUUUACGGCCUCGGAUUCAUCUGGCCAACCUGUGUCAACAUUGCCGAGAUGCUGGCGUGGCUUCCAAUCCGUGGCUCCAUCUACGAACUCGCCGCUCGUUUCGUCGACCCCGCCUUGGGCUUUGCCAUGGGCUGGACCUACUUUUACGCCGGUGCCAUGUUGGUGUGCACCGAGUACUCUGCCGUGGCUACCGUCAUGCAGUAUUGGAACACCGACAUCAACCCAGCUGUGUGGAUCGCCAUGGCUAUGGUGGUAUGCUUCUUUCUGAACAUGGUUGCAGUCAGGUGGUAUGGAGAAGCCGAGUUCGUCAUGGGCUCUACCAAGAUCCUUCUGCUGAUCGGCUUGAUCCUGGCGACCUUUUUCACCAUGGUCGGAGCAAAUCCCACGGGUGAGGCCUAUGGGUUUCGCAACUGGAAGAACGGCGACAUGGCGCAUCCUUACUACACUGAGGGUGCUACUGGUAUCUUUUUGAGCAUCUGUAUAUCGGUCAGGUACGCCGUCUUUACCAUUGGAGGUCCCGAUAUCAUCUCCCUGGCAGCUGGCGAGAUCCAGAACCCGCGAAAGACGAUUCCCCGCGUUGCCAAGAUGAUUGCCGCCCGUAUUCUGUUGUUCUACAUUGUGGGAAUCCUCGCCGUGGGUAUCCUGUGCAACUCGCGCGACUCGCGACUCCUGGGCGCGAUCGAAUCCGGCGAGGCUGGUGCAGCGGCAUCUCCCUGGGUUCUAGGUCUUUUGAACCUCGGCAUCAAGGGCUUCUUGCCCGGCCUCAUCAACUUUCUCAUCCUUCUCUCCGGCUGGUCUUGUGGCAACGCCUAUCUGUACUCUUCCAGCCGAACCCUCUACUCACUUGCCCAGGACGGACGGGCACCCAAGCUCUUCUUGAAGUGUACAAAGAGUGGCGUGCCAUGGGUCUGUGUCACAGCUGUCACCAUCAUCUCGCUGUUGUCUUUCCUCGUCGCAUCCAAUAGCGCAGGAGAGGUCUUCUCUUGGUUCGUGGACCUUACCACCGUCGCCCUUGUCAUCAAUGCCACAGCCAUGUCGUGGGUUUUCCUCGGCUGGUGCCGCGCUCUCAAGGCACAGGGGAUUGUUCGUCAGGGUGAGAACCACUUCAAAAAGUCGCUCUUCAGACGAUCCGUGGCACAGCCAGUGCCAGGCAUUGUGUUCCCCUAUACCGUCCCCUGCGCAUCUUGGUCGCCAUAUUUGUCCAUCCUUCUUGGUACCCUGACCACCAUCUUUAUCGGUUUCGACACCUUCAAGCCAUGGUCGACAAAGGGGUUCAUUACUAGUUACUUUGGUCUGGCGUGGUUCACCUUCAUGUUCUUGUUCUGGAAGAUUUUCAAGGGUACCCGUAUGGCAAACGCCACUACUGUCGAUAUCUAUGCCGACGGGCAGAAGCAGGCCAUUGAUGAGGAAUGUCGGUUCUGGGAGGAGGGGCUUGGCCAAGAGAGUGAUAGGGAGGCUUUGAAGAAGAAGAAUAUCUUUGCCCGAGCUUGGGCGAGGUUUUGGGGAGCCUAA